AUGUCGUCCACCACGGCCCAGGAUGUGCUUGACAUCUUUUACAAAAAAUUAGUGUUACCUGUGGCAAGCUCUACAGGAAAUUUCAGCGCGAACGAUGCGGCGGAACUCGAUAAUUUACUCAAACCUGUAGAAAAGCUCCUUGGAAAGCUGGGUGCUCCGAAAUUGCAUGAUCUUGAACAUAACAAAGAUUUUUCCUGUGACGUUGAUCAGAAAGAUCAUCAAGAUGUUAAAGACGGAGAUCUAGCCAAGGAUGAUAGCCUCAAUCGCUAUGCCGUCAAAGAAUUUCUGUUGGUUUUGCAACAUCACGAAGACCCCAUCAGGCCAAUCGAUGCACCUAGUCAGCCUGCAUAUUUCUGUGUCGAUGAACAGACUGCGUUCAAUUGUUUCCCUCUUUUGCGCAUGUUGUUCGGAAAUUCAUCGCGUCCGAUUAACUCCCACAUGGCACUGCACAAGGACCUCUUUUCUCCACCUGCCGAUGACAAUCACAUCGUCUUUGACCCCGCAACAACGAUGGUGACGAAGCUCCUCUGGGAGAAUAAGAUUUUAUACAUCGAAGAGCUUUUAGGUUCUGAUUUGGCAAAAUCCCAAAAGAACUUUUCGUCAAUCAAACACGAGACACCAGAGACGGUGAUGGAGUUUAUGAAAGUUUGGAUAAUUUGGCAUCAGGAACGAAAGAUGUCCUUCUCUGGACCUGGUGAUAUGAAAAAUAUUGAAACCUUUAUUGAUCGUGUAUUAGCGUUGACUAAGUAUUUUGGAGCGACUGUCAACGAGAUCGAAGAUCCUAAGACUAUGCGCAUUCUCUGCUGGUGGAGCUGUCAUCAGAGACCCUUUUCAAGUAGUGUCUCUCUUGACAGCAGCCUUCAACAUGCAGCAAUCAUUACUUCUCAUUGGAGUGCGAAACAAAACGUUAAUAGCACACAGGCGGAGCUGAAUAGGAUCAAAAACUCCGAGAUCCGGUUCAUCGAUACGAUGCCAGAAGGUUGUAGCAAACCAAAGUUCUACACCUUCAGCAAGGCCAAAAUCUUCGGAAAGCUUCCAUUGCUUCUUACAGUCUACAGAUAUAAGCUCGCUGGCUCUUUAGGUGACCUGUCGGACGAACUAAUGUAUGACCCUGAUCUCUCCGCCCAGAAAAACGACGAGCAUCACUCCAUAGGCAUCUAUUUCCAAGCCUUAAUGCGUUCCUCAUUUAUGGAAGAUCAACCUGGUCAUGCAAACGUUACCACGAACCCAGCAAGACUUCGUCAUGCCUUUUUCAACUUGGGACUAUGGGCAAAUGGCGCUCCAUUAAGAGAGUUGAGCAGUAGAGACUACCAAGAUCUUGCUGACUUGGCGGUAUUCCUUGGGGUCAAGAAUGCCAGCUAUGACCUGUUUGAAUAA